UCUCUCUCUCUCUCUAUCACUUCCUCCCACUUCCUCCUUAUCUAAGUCUUCUUCCAACAUGAAGUCAACAUAGUCUAUGACGUCACAUAUAUGGCCACUCUACUCUUAGAGUCGUUUACGUGAAACAGGCAAAUUUUUUUUUCAGGCUGGAAACAAAUCUUUUGACCGAUUUUUUUUUCUUCUCUCUCCACCGACUACUUCACAUGACCCUUUAAAUCUGUCGAUACCUAGAGAAUUUUUAACCAUGUUGAUCACACUGAGAACGUUACAACAACAUAUGUUUAAAGUAGAGAUUGAUGUAAAUUCAACCGUAAAGCAAUUAAAGAAAAAAGUUGAAGAAGAUAAGGGUAAAGAUUAUCCUGCAGCUGCCCAAAAGCUGAUAUAUUCAGGGAAAAUUCUUGAAGAUGAGAAAAAAAUAGUUGACUAUGAUAUAGAAGAAAGUAAAUUUGUUGUUCUUAUGGUAACUAAAAGUAAGCCUCAGCUGGCCAAAGUAUCAGAGGGUUCAACAUCCCAGGGAGAGACUGCUAGUGCUGCCUCAUCAGAGAAGUCUGUACCUGCUACCACUCAGGGAGCAUCAGCCACCCCUACAUCAGACAGUGGCUCUUCUCAAAGUUCGAAAGGCUCGCAAGGUAGUGAAGCAGACAAAUCUACUGCUGAUGCUAACCCUGAAUCGCAAGCUACAGAAAUUACUUCAGACUCUGAUGAUAUAAGUACUCUGGCAACCGAGACAGCCACAGCCCUGGCUGCAGCCAUCGAUGAACCAUUAUCUGUCUUGCAAUCCGCAGAAAGUGCAUUGGUGACUGGUCAGGACUAUGAAAAUAUGGUGCUGGAAAUUAUGAAACUUGGUUUUGAUCGAGAGCAAGUUGAGCGAGCUUUAAGAGUCAAUUUCAACAACCCUGAUAGAGCUGUGGAGUAUUUGUAUAAUGGAGGUAGUGCUCAGGAUGUGGAGCCAGGAAUAAUGGAAGAGGCAUUAUCUGGCAGUGAAACUAGUGUAACCAGUUCCAGUGCUCCUCUUCAGUCUGCUACAACACCAUCCUCUUCUGACAAUCCUUUGGAUUUUCUCCGAAACCAACUACAAUUUCAACAAAUGCGUCGUGUUAUCCAAAGAAACCCUCAUGUCUUACCUGCCAUAUUGCAACAGAUAGGUACAACAAAUCCUCCUCUUCUACAGUUAAUCAGCCAAAAUCAAGAGAGAUUUGUCCAGAUGAUCAAUGAACCUGUUGAUGAAGGUGGGCAACCCGGCAAUGUGCAGGCUAGCCAGGCUUCUGGCCAAGUUGCUACUGGUUUCGGGAGUAAUGUGGGCAGUGGUGGAGGUACUGGUGUAGGUACCGGUGUCGGCAGUGGCGGAGGUGGUGGUGGUGGUGGUGGUGGUGGUGGCGGUGGCGGCGGCGGCGGUGGUGGUGGUGGUAGUAACACUGCUGGAGGCCAGGGUUUACAGAUUGGCCCUGGAGCAUUUAUUCAAGUUACCCCUCAGGAAAAAGAUGCAAUUGAAAGUUUGAAAGCUUUAGGAUUUCCUGAAGGAAUGUGUAUUCAAGCUUAUUUUGCCUGUGAGAAGAAUGAAGAGCUGGCUGCUAAUUUUCUCUUGUCCCAAAAUUUUGAGGAAGACGAGCAACAAAGUUGAUCUAGAUGUUGAUAAUGGACAAUGACAAUUGCUGCCCUCUUCACAGAUUCCUACUGAUGUAUUCUGCUAUGUAUAUCUAUAUAAAUAUGUAUACAUAUAUAUCCUUCUCCUGAUGUUGGGAUGCCAAUCCUACAUCAGUGCAGUUUGAUAGGGGGAGGGGAGUGAGCAGCCUGUCUAAUUACUGGCUGCCCGCUCGUCCUUUUUUAUGGCAUCUUUUGUCAACUAUUCAAAUUUCUAAAGCAGUUUCAAAGGAAAUUAAAUAUGCAAUAUAUAUAUAUAUAUAUAUACAUAUAUAUAUAUAUAUACGUAUAUGUGUGUGUAUAUACAUAUAUAUAUGUGUGUAUAUAUAUGUAUGUAUAUAUAUAUGUGUGUGUAUAUACAUAUAUAUAUGUGUGUAUAUAUAUGUAUGUAUAUAUAUAUAUGUAUGUAUAUAUAUAUAUGUAUAUAUAUAUAUAUAUCUAUAUAUAUAUAUGGAAGAAAAAAAUGAAUACAACAAAAAAGUCUGCAAUUCAAGCCAUGAAGAAGAUAGGA